AUGACGUUUGCCGGUGAUUUACUUCCGUAUUUGUCGUUCUCGGCGAUUUGUUCAACCAUCGGUCUUUUCCUUUGUGGUGUCCAAAUCUGUUCGAGAAUUCGAGAGCGCGGUGGAACUGAGGGAACUGGAUCGGCCCCGUUCCUCAUCGCAUUCAUUUCAUGUGCUUUCUGGUUGCAGUACGGUGUACUGAAACAGGAUAGAGUGGUGAUUUUCGUGAAUGUUGUUGGACUUAUGCUACAAGGAUGUUAUUUGACCUAUUAUUAUUGGAUGACGAGACAUUCUAAGAUCCUGAAGAAAGUGAUCAUUUGCGAACUUCUUGCAAUCGGACUGAUGUUAUAUUUGGUGAACUAUGCAGGAUUGAAGGACAGCGGACGGGAUACUCUGGGUGUCAUUUGUAUUAUUCUUAACAUUGCCAGCAUCGGAGCACCGUUAUUUCAAAUUGGAGAGGUUAUUCGUACAAAAAACUCCGAAACCCUGCCGCUACCAUUAUGUCUGGCGUGCUUUGCCGUUAGUUUACAGUGGUUACUGUACGGUAUUCUGGUGAACGACUUUGUCAUACAGGUACCGAAUUACAUCGCGACAUUUCUGUCGAUCAUACAGUUGUCACUGUUCAUCAUUUAUCCAAGAAGACCUACUUUCGUACAAAUGAAAGACUCGAUCUGA